GUUACGACUAGUAGUCGAUUUAACAUGGAGUCGACGGACGAGGGGUCCUUGCCUACACACCAUCGAUUUGGAAGUGGGACUGCAGAUGCUAUAGUUGCUGGGCUGAAAGAAGAAAACUCACGAUUGCGCGAGGGUUCGCUUCGGAGGCUUUAUUCCAUUGUUGACCGAUGCUGGUCAGAGAUCUCGGACGCGAUACCCCUGAUAGAAGAGCUCAGUGAAGACGAUACCUUUAGAUCGCAUGAACUUGCCGCGGCAGUUGCGAGCAAGAUAUUUUUCCACCUUGAGGAGUAUGAUGAUGCGCUCCGACUUGCUCUUGGAGCUGGAAAUUUCUUUGACAUUGAUGCAAGGACAGAGUAUGUUGAGAUGUUAAUCUCAAAAUGCAUGGAUACUUAUAUCCAGAAUCAUCAAAGCUCUCCCAUCGGCAUACAAUCACAUGACCUCGAUCCACGUCUUGCCAAUGUCAUUGAACGCAUGUUUCAACGUUGCUAUGCUGAUGGCAAAUACUUUCACGCAGUAGGAGUGGCACUUGAAGCGCAUCGUCUAAAUAAGGUAGAGGAAAUUGUAACUCGAUGUCCACUGGGAGACCGACAUGCUCUAUUCUCUUACGUUUUGGAAGUUAUUCCCUCUGUCACUGCUACCUGCGCAUUUCGACAGCUAGUAGUUCGUACGUUAGUGACGCUGCAUCCAUUAUUGCCGUCGCCUGAUUACAUAUUUCUUUGCAGCGCACUUCAGUACCUUGGAGCUUCAAAUGAGGUUCAAGAUCUUCUACUUAAGCUGGUCGAUGGGAAAAAUCACCACGAAACACUCCUCGGAUACCAGCUCGCUUUCUUGAUUGCUGAAUCAGAUAAUCAUAGAUUUAUUUUUGACAUUGUAUCAAAACUGCGGGAUCCUGCUGGCUCAUCAACACUCAAUGAUUUACACCAAAAUCAUAUAUCCCACCUUAUCCGAAUCAUGGACACAGAUGGUUUAGCUAGUAAAAUAUCCUUGGAUUUUAUGAGCACAAGGUCCCGAACUGACACUCUGAUAUUUAAGGCAAUUAAGGAAUCCAUUGACGGUAAUCGAAACUCUGUGUUGCACAAUGCAACAGUGAUUUCGCACAGUUACGCAAACGCCAGCACAAAAGACACUGCGUUUUUGCGCAAUAAUUUGGAUUGGAUGGGCAAAGCAUCAAAUUGGGCAAAAUUUAUCGCCACCUCAUCAAUAGGAGUCAUUCAUCAAGGCCAUGUGGAGGAGUCAAUUCGCAUCUUGCAACCUUACCUUCCGCAAACACCUGCAUCUAACUCACCGUUUUCAGAGGGUGGUGCCUUGUAUGCACUUGGCCUGAUUCACGCAAAUAAGGCGCAGUUGAGCACCUCAGCUGCGGUUUCGCGCCUGAUAGAUGCCUUGCAUAGCUCAGGGAACUCCGAGCCAUUGCAGCACGGGGCAUGCCUUGGCCUUGGGUUGGCAGCAAUGUCAACUGGUAAGGCACAAUACUAUGAUGAACUGCGUACUGUGCUCUACUUUGACUCCGCCAUCGCAGGUGAAGCAGCUGCCUACGGUAUUGGUUUAUUGUUACUAGGGCAUGGUGACGAGACACUGCUUUCUCAGAAUGCAAUCUCGGAAUUGUAUUCAUAUGCGCAUGAGACUUGUCAUGAAAAGAUCAUCCGUGCAGUGGCACUUGCGAUAAGCCUUAUUGUUUGUGGAAAGGAAAAAGCCGCGGAAACAACUAUUGAGAUGCUAUUGCGAGACAGAGAUGCCAUAAUUCGGUAUGGGGGCAUGCAUGCAAUUGGUCUGGCGUAUGCCGGCACAGCCAAUAAUCAAGCUGUCAAACGUCUCCUUCAUGUGGCAGUCUCUGACGUAUCUGAUGAUGUCAGGCGUGCCGCAGUAACCUGCUUGGGUUUCGUCCUGUUUCGAAAUCCAAAACGAAUUUUAGCACUUGUGGGAUUACUACUAGAAAGCUUCAAUCCGCAUGUCCGGUAUGGAGCAUGCAUGGCAAUCGGACUUUCGCAUCCGGCCUCAGGGGACGUUGAUGCUAUUGCAUUACUUCAGCCCUUGCAGACGGAUGCUAUUGAUUUUGUACGUCAGGGGGCUCUCAUGGCAACAGCAUUGGUAGUGAUGCAACAAUCCAGCGCGCAGGUGCAUAUGCUAGGUUCUUUCCGGAAUAAAAUCACAGAACUUGUCAAAGACAAAUACCCUUCAACACUCACAAAAGUAGGUGCAAUCAUAGCGGCAGGUAUCAUGGACGCUGGUGGUCGUAAUUGUGCGGUGGCAUUGCAGUCCUCCAGUGGGUUUUUGAAACACAGUGCAUGCGCGGGCAUGGCUCUGUGGGUACAAAGUUGGUACUGGUAUCCCAUGUUUCACUUUUUUUCUCUAGCUUUAACGCCCACUGUCCUCAUUGGUCUAAAUUCAAAUUUUGACAUGCCCACUGAUUUCUCUGUAAUUUGUUCAGGAUCUCCUGAUUUGUUUGCAUAUCCUCCUCUGACAACAGAAAAACAAGAAACAAAGAAGGAACGAGUUGCAACUGCCAUUCUCUCAACCACGUUGAAACACAAAGUGAGAGAAAAGGCAAAAGAUAAACACAAGGCGUCUUCUUCAGCAUCAGAUCCAGAUGCAACUUCAAUCUCGUUGUCAAAUGCAGAUCUCACUAGCCCUCAAGAACCACUAGACGCUUGUGCUCAAGUCACUGUAGGAAGUUCGUUCAGGUUGUCAAAUCCGUCGCGGUUAACUCAGAUUCAGAUGAAAUCCUGCAAAUUUGACCUGGAACAGCGUUUCGUUCCUGUUGCCACUACAAUCAAAACGCAUGGUAUCAUCAUGCUUGCAGACCGAGAGCCCAGCACCAUGCCUCAAAUUACAAGGUUUCAUGAUUUCGCUCGGGCUGUCAAUGAAUCUGCUUUACCCACGGCAUUCGAAUGGCCAUAUGGACUGCUCUAA